UUUUCUACUCGGGCGCCCAACAAUACGCCAAUUGGAUGUGCAAACAGUGGCCACUAAUUAAUUUGCAUAAAUAAGCAGCUGGGAGUGGGGUAGUCCAAACAGUUAACCUCAUCAUGUUGUGGCAAACGGUCUACCUGCUCGUCUUGGCGUGCGCCAUGGCCAGUACCACACCGAUCCUCUCCAGCAGCGAUCCGCUCCAGGAGAGUAUAAGAAAACCCCGGCACAUUGGAGGAUUUGGAGGUGGAGGAGUGGUUGGAGGUGGAAUCGUGGGCGGUGGAAUCAUUGGAGGAGGCGGAGGAGUAGCUGCCCCUCUAAUAGCAGCUCCCGCCAUUCAAACAGUUCCCGUUGUGUCCACCGUGCCCAUAAUCACCACUGUUCCCGUGGUGUCCAGCAUUCAAACGAUCCCUAGCUAUGGAUACGGAUAUGGAUACAAUGGAUAUGGAGGCGGCUAUCCGGCAGCUGGAGGAUUGGGUGGACUUGGUGGCAUCGGAGGUGGUAGCUUCGUCGGUGGCGCUGUGGGUUUCGCCAAAUUCAAAGGCGGUUUCUUCGGCUAGAUGUUUCCGAAUAAGUCUGAGUGGGUCUCUAGUGUAAACAAUGAAUAAACAAAAGUGCUGCGAGA